AUGAAUCCGCAGAUACAGCUUCCACGGCCGAAUGGCGGCCCUUCAAACUUCGGUUCGACGCCAUCGACACGGCGGAAUGAGGUGCGAAUGCCGCGCUUCUUCAAGCGCCUAUUCAAGUUUCCUCAGAUGGACUUCGAGAUGGCCAUAUGGGAGAUCAUGAGCUUGAUCAUAGCACCGAAGAAGGUCUUCAGGCAAAUAUACUACCAUAAACAAACCACCAAAACCUACCAUCGACCAGAUCCAUCCUUCACGUACCUGCUGUCAUUCUUCCUCACAUUGACCUCUCUCGCCUGGGGGCUCGCAUACGCCGACGGCUUCACACAAACACUACACAUUACGCUGGUCUUUAUCUUCGUACACUUUCUCCUACUGUCGUUGGUCACAGCGACACUGUUCUAUUUCCUGGUCGGCCGGCUGCUGGGGCCUGGAAACUCCCUGCUACCUGGGCGCAGGCGAGGUCUGUACAACUUGGAAGUUGGUGAGAGCAAAGAAGAGCUGGAAUUUGGAUACUGUUGGGAUGUGGCAAUACGCGCAUUCGUGCCGGUUUGGGUGUUCCUCUACGUGGUGCAGUUCUUGUGCAUGCCACUGGUGGGAACGAACCAUUGGGUUUCGCUACUCCUUGGAAACACCCUCUACGUUUUCGCACUCACCUACUACUUCAUUAUCACUUUCCUCGGCUACAACGCGCUACCAUUCCUGCACCAUACCGAGCUUUUGCUUGUGCCAGUCGCAGUGGCUACGAUACUGUGGUUUGCAUCACUAUUCGGAUUCAACAUGGCAAAGCAUUUCGCGCCAGUCCUGUGGGCAGGUGCUCGACUACGAAAGACAGUUGGCUAA